GCCUGUGCUGCUCUGGAGGUUCCGUGCGGGUCUGGCGUGCUGCGACAGCCGGAGGGCGACAGCAACACAACUUUAACAUCAACACAACUUUAACAUGAACACAACAACUUGAAGAGCGACGUGAAACAUCAACAACGACGGCGGCGGCGGCCACCACUUCAACGCGGACGUAAUCAACAUUCGCUUUCGACGACGACGACAUCAUCGACACGGACACGAGAACCAUCACCGCCAACAUCAACACAUCGGCAGAAAUAAACAUCAAGCCACAACUCCGCCGGCAAGAGAGGGGGGUAGCCAUAAGAAAAUCGUCUGCAAGCAGCAGCGACUUCUCCUGUGGGACCAACUCCCUCAGACCAGCGGCUACUUGAGCGAGAACUUGGACUUGAGUUAGCAGCGUAACUUUAGCGAGUACCGUAAAGUGUUCGAAUGCCUAAAACGAGCGAGUGUUUAUAAAUUAUAUUGAGCAACUUAAUUGAGCCAAUACCUUCCGCAACAAGAGCACCCCAAUUGAGCGAACGGUGUGAGUAACUCUUAUAAGUUUGAGUAAUCGAAGUGACCACAACCUAAAAUAAUGAGAGAGCGAGCGUGUGUGUAUAUAUAACUGAUUAGGUAACUGCGUGGCUGAGGGAAAGAGACCGACUCCCCGUGUCGAAAGUAACCCAAGCGUUGUAAGACUGAGGUAGCUGCCCUUGUCCCGAGUUAAACGAGCAACCUUUUGGUAGUUAGUCUAAGUAGUGGCUACGUAAGCAUCUUUAGUGAGUCAGUAACAAGGUCGUCUUGAACGCCGUCGUCGUCCUCCUGUUCGAACCCCGCUCGUGUCCCAUCAAAUGCCGUGGCGAUGAGCCAUCACCGCGACGCCGAGGCGGACGGAGAGACGUGCAUGGACAGCGGGAGGCCUGGGAGCGUGGUGUGCGAGCCCGAGGAACGCCACUACAUCCCCGUGCGAGUGCUGGGUCGGGGCGCCUUCGGAGAAGCCGCACUCUACCGCCGCAACGAGGACAACUCGCUGGUGGUGUGGAAGGAGAUUGACCUCACACGACUGAGUGACAAGGAGCGGCGCGACUCCCAGAACGAGAUCGAUAUUCUGUCCCUGCUGGAGCAUGCCAACAUCAUCUCCUACUACAACCAUUUCCUCGACGGCAAUGUCCUGCUCAUCGAGCUGGAGUAUUGCAACGGUGGCACAUUGUAUGAGAAAAUCAUAAAGCAACAUGGAGCAUUUUUCCCAGAAAAGGACAUCGUGUGGUACUUUUACCAACUUGUGUCUGCAGUGGAGCAGAUCCACAACUUCAAAAUUCUUCACAGGGACAUAAAGACAUUGAACAUUUUCCUUACCAAAUCGGACCUGAUCAAGGUCGGCGACUUUGGCAUUUCAAAGAUUCUGGACUCAAGGAGUCAAAUGGCAGAGAGCUACGUGGGGACUCCCUACUACAUGUCUCCGGAGCUGAUCCGUGGAGACAAAUACAACACCAAGUCGGACAUCUGGGCCAUGGGCUGUGUGCUCUACGAGUUGCUCACACUCACCCGCACCUUCGACGCCACUAACCCGCUGAAGCUGUGCUAUGAGAUCAUUCACGGCAAGAAGCAGGUGGAAAUCGAUGACCAGUACUCGAAGGAGAUCAAGGAAGUUGUGCAGAAGUGUCUGCAACAGGACGCGGAGCAGAGGCCUACGGCUGAGGAUCUUCUGGAGAUGUCGCCCAUCAAGACGCGUAGGAGGGAAAUGGAGAAAAAUGUUUGGCGGCUAAACGAGCCUGCAAGACGCAUAAGGAGCGAUAAUGCGGAGGCGGUGCCGGUGGUGACUGCUCGGUCGAGCGAUGUCUACUACUGGGGCGGUGGCAAGCGCACGCCGCAGAUGCUGGACCAGUUUCGUGGCGGGUACAGCGCAUUGCGGGUGUGCGCCAGCAACACCCACUUCGCAGCCGUCACCGUUGAGAAGGAGCUGUACACCUGGGCGAAUGUGCAGGGUGGCACCAAGAUGGUGGGGCAGCUGGGACACAAGGACAAGGCAUCAUACCGGCAGCCCAAGCGCGUAGACAAGCUGUUGGGCCUCGCUGUGCGACAGGUGGCCUGCGGGGAUGAGUUCACUGUCUGUCUCACAGAGCAGGGCGAAGUGUUCAGCUUCGGCUCCGACUACUACGGCUGCAUGGGCUGCAAUGGGGAGCUGGGAGUGGAAGUGCUGGAGCCGAUGCCCGUGCAGUUCUUCAACAUCAACCCUGUGACGCAGAUCUCGUGUGGAGACUGCCACGUCAUGGCGCUCACGCGUUCGAGCGCCGUUUAUGCGUGGGGCUGCGGCGAGUACGGCCGAUUGGGAUUGGAGACUGAUGCCACGGAGUUCUACCCUAAACGAGUGCCCCUAUCGAACCGGUGGAAGAUCACGGAGGUGUGCUGCGGCACGGAUGGCACGUUCUUCCUGACGGCGCAGGGCAAGGUGUUGGCGUGCGGCAACAACGAGUUUAACAAGCUGGGCCUCAACCAGUGCACGUCGGGCCUACGCAACCGUGAGACCUCCGUCUUCCACGAGGUGAUAAUGAAGUUGAUGCCAACACUGGUGAAGCAGCUGUCUAUCUACAAGAUCCGUAGCAUCUCCGGCGGCAAGACGCACAGCGCCGUUAUUGACGUGUGCGGACGUCUGCUUACGUUUGGGCACAACAAGCACGGGCAGCUGGGCACGGGCGACUUCAAGAAGCACCUGGGCAUCGUUCUGCACAAGGGGCCCCUCGUCGGCAAGCUCAUCACCAUGGUGUCCUGCGGGGAUGGCUUCACAAUUGCCGCCACAGAAGACAACCACAUCUACGCGUGGGGAAACACGGAUAACGGUCGGCUGGGCGUGAUGCCCUCGGAGAAGCCAGGCAACAGCCCGCUGGCACUGCCACGGCCCAUCUUCGGCUCGCUGCACGUCGUCUCGGACCUGUCGUGCCGCGGGUGGCACACCAUCCUCAUCGCAGAAAAAGUGUUAACUUCGAAGACCAUCCGAUCAGGAGGGAACUUUUCAGCCAGAUCAAUCCCACGGAGUUCCCUGGGCGAGACGGAGGAUGAGUCUGGGUACGAUGAGGACAGCGCCAAGAGCCAAUUCGACCCUCCAACUUACGAGGAGUCCGAAAGCAGCACGGCUGGGAGCUCCUGUCCCGAGUGGUUGCGAAGGGAACUGGAAGAAGCAGAAUUCAUCCCGAUGGCUGGGGAGUCGCAGGGCAGCGCGUCUCGCCGGGGUCUGCCGCCCAACGUGCCCCCUUCCCUCGCCGGGGUCCCCAAAGUGCCCAGCCUGGAGCUCGGAUCGCUGGGAGACUCGGGGGGCAUGGAGCGGGGCGGCGCGCAUGAUCGCCGUACCUCGUACGCCGCUGCCGCCCCGGCACGUCGCGUCUCCCAGGGCCUCGGCGGCGGCGCCGGUGGCGCAUGCGCCGAGGCGGCGGCCGCGGCGGCGCCGCCCGGGGAGCUGGCGCACCUGCGCGACACCGUGCGGCAGCUGCUGGCCGAGGCGCAGAAGGCACGCACAGAAAGCGGGCAGCUUCGCGAUGAGGUGCACGCCCUGCGCUCCGAGGUGGCGCGGCUGCGAGUGCCGUCCGCGGGCGGCGAGGUGCGGAGCCUGCGGGCCGAGGUGGCCAGUCUGCAGGCGGCGGCGUCGGCAUCGUCGGCGUCGUUGCCGGCGUCGCCGUUCGAUCCGCGCCUCGCCGCCGAGGUGCAGGAGUUGAGGGACGAGCAGGGCGCGCUGCGGGCUACCGUCGUUCGCCUCGAGACCGACGUCAAGAAUCUUCAGACGAAAGUGAGUGAAGCUUGAGGCAGCUGGAGACGAGGGGAGCCGACUCUGCAGAGGAGCAGCCGCGAGGGACGGGCGACGGGCAGAGCCGCGACGCCGAGGGGUGCGACCGUGGGGCCGACGAAUAGCGAGGAGGAGGAGGAGGAGGGCGUCUCCUCCUCGCCGUGCCCCCUCCCUUGCCAAAGCCAUCCAUACUGCACGGCCCGUGUUGACCGGGCAACACUCAUUUUGGCCUCCUUGUAUUUUUAUGAGAAUGUUCACAAGCGUCCUCAUAAAAGGUGUGCCGUCUGUUUCGUGCCUCCACUUUCCCUCCCCUCCGCGUUCAAAUUCACUCCCAAACACAACACCGUCCACCGCCCCCCCCCCCACCAAAGUGAAUGAAUAAAUAAAACGUAUUUGGGAAAAAAGCCUCAAGCCUACGAAGACGCGUAGCCAUGUCAGCAUUUCAUGCCGUCGCACACUUGUGAAAAUGGCGAUGACUGUAGAUGAUAGCUGAUCAUGAAGUAUUUUUGAAAUUGCAAGGGAUGUGUUCUUCCCACUUGGAUCGUCUCCCGUGCCCUUGACGAGGGGUCGUUCCAACACGGCCAGUUUUAUACUGUUUGAAAGUGACUUGGUCAAACAAUCGGUGCAAUUAUGCGUACGAGCAUAAGCUUUACUCGAGGAGGUGAUGACUUCGUUAAGGGCUUUGUACAUUCUUUUGAGCUCUACCUACAUGCAGUAUCGGAGUGUUUAAUAUUGUAUGAAAUACAUGUGCUAGCUCAGUCUUUUCUCAGACCAUAUGCAAUAACAACAUUUAUUGGUUUUCAUGUAAUGUAUUGUAAACAAAUUGCAUGUGCAUACGAAAUUCUUCCUUUUAAAUACAAUAAAGAGAUAAAGUUAACAUUC